GCUGCUGUGAUCUGCUUUCCGGCGGAGUAGCUCGGGGUGCCGUAGAGGGCUUUACCCGCAACCCGAAGAGUUGGUGAGAUUCUUAGGUUUAGACUUGGCACUCCUCGCUUAGUGUCCUCCGGAAACGUUGUGCUGUCGCUCCCGUCACUCGCAGACUAGAAGCCUUUGCCGGCUGCAGAGUCCGAUGACGGUGGGCUAGAAUGGAGACAGAAAAUAUAAGAAGCAAAAUUAUGGAGAAAGAAACUACUGAACAAAGAAAGGAACGAGAAAAAAAGAAAAGAUCUAGAGUAAAGCAAGUGCUUUCAGAUAUAGCAAAACAAGUUGACUUCUGGUUUGGUGAUGUUAAUCUUCACAAAGACAAAUUUCUGAGAGAACAAAUAGAAAAAUCUAGAGAUGGAUAUGUUGACAUAUCACUUCUGAUUUCUUUUAACAAAAUGAAAAAAUUAACCACUGACAGAAAAUUGAUAGCACGAGCAGUUAAAAGUUCAUCUGUUGUAGAAUUGGAUUUAGAAGGAACCAGGAUCAGAAGGCAGCAACCUUUGGGUGAUCAGCCAAAAGAUGUGGAUAAUCGUACUGUAUAUGUGGAAUUGCUUCCUAAAAAUGUCAAUCACAGUUGGAUUGAACGAGUAUUUGGAAAAUGUGGCAACGUAGUUUAUGUCAGCAUUCCUCGCUAUAAGACCUCCAAAGACCCUAAAGGAUUUGCAUUUGUGGAAUUUGAAACAAAAGAACAAGCUGAAAAAGCUAUAGAGUUCUUGAAUAAUCCACCAGAAGACGCUCCAAGAAAACCUGGUAUGUUUCCCAAAACAGUAAAAAACAAAGUUGUUCUCACAUUACCUACAAGUGAUUCUGCCAUAAUUGAAGAAAAAAAGAAGAAGAAAAAGAAAAAAUCUAAAACAAAGAAGGAAAACAGCCAGCAGUCAAAUACUGGAGCAAAAGAUGUAUACAUGGCCAGUUUUACAGAAUGCACCAAAAGUCAUAGGACGAUAUCAGAGAGUUCUGAAACAGAAUUGUCAGAAAUCCAACGACACUCUUCAAAGAAAGAAAAGAAGAAGCUUGAUAAAACACAAAGCUCAGGCCUAGGAGAAACUAGAUCAGGAAAGAGGAAACGGAAUCGCUCUGAUGAUGGAGAGAUGUCAAUUGUAAAAGUGAAGAAAAUUUCUCAGAAAGAUAAUGUUCACUCUGCAAAGGAGCUAUCAGCAGGGCUGGAGGAUUCCAAAGAAAUUUCUACUGAAGAAGAGAGAGAGAUUGGUGAUAAGAAAGAAACCUCUCUUUCAAAGUCUAAAAGAAAACACAAGAAGAAACAUAAAGAGAGGCAUAAGAUGGGAGAAGAAGUUAUUCCACUGAGAGUUCUCUCAAAGAAUGAAUGGAUGCAGCUGAAGCAAGAGUAUUUGUCCCUGCAGAAAGCCAGCAUGUCAUCUCUGAAAAAAGCAAUGACCAAAGCAAACACAGUGACUGUUGGAACAAUGAAAAGAGAUGUCUGUAUGGCAGAUGAUUCUGCAACAAGAAAUGGCAAAUGUAUCGGCAAUAAUGAUUUAGCUCCUGUUGAGAAGAUUCAUCCAAUGGGACCUCAGUUUGAAAGUGGAGUGAUUGUGAAAAUCCUUAGCACUGAUCCACUGCCAGGCAGGAAGCACAUCAAGGACAUGCUGAUAACACUAGCUGAUGUUGCUUAUGUUGAUCUGCUGGAAGGAGAUACAGAAUGUCAUGUACGGCUUAAAACACCUGGAGAGGCACAAAUUUUAAUAAACUCACAUAAAGAUCUACAAGCAAAGAACAACUGGAAACUUGAGAUUCUUACAGGUGAUCAUGAACAAAGAUACUGGCAGAAGAUCUUGGUGGACCGACAAGCUAAACUGAAUCAACCUAGAGAAAAGAAGCGGGGCACAGAAAAACUGAUAGCAAAAGCGGAAAAAAUGAGACUGGCAAAGACUCAAGAGAUAAGCAAGCAUAUCCGUUUCUCUGAGGAUGAGUAAAUUAUGACUUACAUGAAAUGCUUAUGAAGAGAGGAAAUAAACUUAUGACAAA